AUGUUCGGUGGACAACCUCAACAACAGCAACAACAACAACAACAAUAUUAUACAAUUGGUACGAGAAAUCAAAUGCCCGCUACUAAUUAUGGUCAAAACUAUGCUUUUCUUAACACCGGUCGAUCUCCAUUUGAUGGUUAUGCUCAGCAAAAUUAUAGUAAUUUUUCUGGUCAAGGUUUUGCUAAUAUGGGUCAACAACCUGCAAGCUUUGCAAAUCAAUUCAGUUCACCAUAUGGAUACAAUUGGUAUUAA